UUGGGUUAUACUGUGGCGAAUUCUAAGAAGAUUUACGGUGAAAUUAAACAAGCGGAUCCGGCUUUAUGGAGACGAAGCGAAGAUAUUGUUGUUAACGCGCCUAAUAAUGAAGUUAUUAGUGCUGUAUACGUAACCGAUUUGAGAGACAAUAAGGAUGGGGAAGCGGUUAUUUUAACCGGUGGAAUCGGCGCGAAAAGUGUUACUAUUGAACUGAAAAGUCCGUCGAUUUUAAGAGGAUAUAAGUUCGAAGUUGAAGUGUUCACUGAAAAUCCUAAUCUUAGAUUCCAAAGCAAAGGUUAUUCCGCUCCUUUGUAUGAUGGACAGUAUGCUAGGAAAUUUUAG